AUGGAUUAUACAACCUACCAGCAGCCGCAUGCGCACACCCAUAAUGCAUAUGCGCCGACUCACAAUGGUCAAUCAGGCCCGCCUGUAACUUCCNNCCCUACUCAACAGAACCAGGUCUCUCCCAUCCUGUCACAAAACCAUGCCUAUGCUCAACAACCAGGUGGACCUCAUCAGGUCAUACCAAUGUACUCUCAAGGCUACCCAGUCCAAGGCAUGCAUUACGGCAUGGGCGCAAAUCAGAUGUCNCCCACGCAAGCCGCCGCUAUGGCAACAGCGGCUGCCUCAGGGAACUACAACUAUAUGCCGGAAACUAUGCAACCAUUAGCACAAGACCCAAGACAAUCACCACGCAUGGGACAAUCAGUCAAGAGCGAACAGAGACAGACACCGAGGUCGCCGUCACAAAGUCACAUGAAUGUCAACACAACCAUGGCAGGUCAAAUGGUCAUGCCCGCACCUCAAGCGAUUCCUCAACAAAUGGUUGCACGUCGCAUGAGUCAAGCAGUUCAACCCCCUCAGCCUGUCAUGCAGCAACAACGACGCGCAUCAGUUGCGCCACAAAUGGUGCAACAAGUCGUUCAGCAACACUCAUCACCAGAAGCUACUGGUGGUACUACUGAAGAGUCGCCUUUGUACGUCAACGCAAAGCAAUUCCACCGAAUCUUGAAGAGACGCCUGGCGAGACAAAAGCUUGAGGAGCAAUUGCGUCUCACAAGUAAAGGCAGAAAGCCUUAUCUGCACGAAUCUCGUCACAAUCAUGCCAUGCGACGGCCGCGUGGUCCGGGAGGACGCUUCCUCACGGCUGAGGAGGUUGCUGCUCUCGAUGCUGAAGCUGCAAAGAAUGGUGGUGUGGAAAUGCCGCAACCUACCAACGGAACCAAACGCAAGUCUGGAGACAGUCAAUCUUCACCCUCAAAAAAGUCACGCACACAAUCCAAUGCCAGAAGCAUGACUUCUGAAGAAGAUGGCACCGAAGAAGGAUAG